AUGGUUUCCAUAAAAACUCUGCGGAACGGAUACGACUUACCAGUUAAAGGACUUGAUAAUGGAUUUUUCUAUCCUAUUCACAUCGUAGCCCUCACAAUGAUCACAGUGAGUUUUGCAUGUGCCUUGACAAUAUUAAUUAUUUCGUUUAGGAGAAGAGCGGCAUUCUUUGGGAGACCCAAGACGGAACGUUUUGUAGUUUAUCUUGCGAUAUGUGAUGGGGCUUUUAACAUAUUUCAUUCUAUGGAUCAUCUCCACUACCUGACGACAAAGUCACAUCCCCGUCCACCAGCAUUGUGCUCGUUCUACUCUUUUAUGAUGUUUAUAUUUGUUAUGUCUCAGAUGAUGUGUGUAAAUGCAAUAGCCAUCAAUGCUUUUUAUAUGAUGUACUUUGGAAAGUCGCUUUAUUUCGGGAAGAAUGAUUACCGUCUGUUGUGUUGCAUAUUUGGACUUCCUAUCUGCCUUUUAACUAUAUCUGCGAUUUUGAAUAAACUUGGCCCAAAUGGAUAUUUUUGUGCUAUGGACGGUGUAACUGGAGGCGCGAUAUUACUCAUGUUUACUACAGCACCAUCAAUUCUGAUUCUUGUGGUUAACUGUAUUUUGUAUGCAUUGAUAUGGCAAAAACUACGAACUGAAUCAAAGAGAAUACAAGAUUCUAUUGGUAAAGAGGCGUCAUCAGCUAAGGCAUCACAUCGAGCUGUGAGAACCAUGAUGUUAUUUGUGGUGAUGUUUGUCAUACAAUGGACAGCGUCGUCAGUGUUUGGAGUGUGGGAAUAUAUUGAUGAUGCACCACCUUUCGUUGUCCUAUUCACAGUACUGCUAGCAAACUCUGGAGGACUGCUAAAUGGUUUUAUUUUUAUUUACAUGUACAGAAAGAGGGUUAAAACUGAAAAUGAGACUACCAUGACCACGAAAGCCUAAUAACCAAAAAGAUUAGAAUUAGUGUAGUAAAACGUUUUAAUGGUAUAAAGGUGAAUAUAGUUCAUACUUUUGUAUAUUCGUUUCAUGUGUUUUAUCAUUUGAUUUUGCCUUUGGUUUAGGGACUUUCCGUUUUGAAUCCUCGGAGUUCAGUAUUUUUGUGAUUUUAUUUAUUUUUUAAUAUUUUCUCUCACAAUAAUAUUUGAGAAAAUUAUAUGUGAAAUUCGAUAAUAUUUGAAGCUAUAUUGUUGUUUCAUAACCAAAUUCUUGUUUUAGACGCACGAUAUUUAAACCAGCUUAUAUAUGGUCAUGCAUCAACCGUAAUAGAGAUGUUUCCUGUCGCCUCAACUUAAAAUCACUUUUCACUAUAUUUUACAAAUUUAGAGACGAGGAAAGUUGAGAACAAUUUAUUUUUCCUCAAUUUCACUCUUCUGUUGUUUUUUGUUUGUUUAUUGUUACCAACACUUAAUAUAUUGUCUUCUCUAAGAGGGAUCAUUUGUGGU